UAUCUGGCCAACAACUAUCACUAUGGCACAAUAACUCCAAUGGGAUUGACCAAAUUAUUUCAGAAGUUUCCACCCCCUCAGCUAUGGAAAGACACACAAGUACAGACGGCUCUCUCCACCUCAACCGGCACUAUCUCGCUCCUGGAGGCCCUGCGUGGCGCGGCGGCGCAAUUCUCGAGGACAUUGACCACUGGCUGGCAGAACAAGCCCGUGAGUUGUACAAUAGAUGCGUGGCAGGUCCUCGUACGAAAAGAUACUAUUCGUGGAUUUUUGUCCCCCAUUCAGUUGGUGGACUUGAUUCUAUCGUGGAGGACCUGGAGAGAGGAUUGCGUUACUGCAUCACGCGGGGCUCGAACAUCGACAUUGUCAUCAUUGCGAGGCAUGACGACCACAUCCACGUUAACCAUGUGUGCACCAGCUCCAACUCCAGCUGCAGAUGUUCAUGGCUGCGUGGAAGUGAGUCCUACAGGACGUUCCGAAAACCACAAUUGGCGCGAAAUGUUCGAGCGGCUGACAUCGACACCGCGGGAUGGACGAAUGUCCUACGAUAUUUCACUAGCGGUGGCCGACGUGUCGAGCGCCUUAUCGUUGGAAGUCGAACCCGACGAUCUCCUGUGGGAGCUGAAAUGCUACAGGAGACGGGACGUCCGCGGCCUCGACAAAUCGGAAUGGUGGAAGAGGGCACAUCUGAAAAUGACAGGAACGUGUGCGGAGAGCCUUUCGGAGCAGGGUCGGCUGAUAGACCGGUUGGUUGCCUCAGUGACGCGGCAAUUGUCCGACAACCCGGCAACGCGCCGCAAGAAGCUCGUCAAGUACGACAAGAGAUAGUCGACCUGCUCCUCAAGACCGGCGGUUCUACUGACGGUAUUAUUCUUAAAGGUCGUAAACGAAAACAGAGGGAAAUAGAGAUUUUAAUUAGAAUGUACCCUACAUGUCCCAUUAAUGCCGUUAACAAAACAUUAGAAUUUAUUAACAAUAUCCAUACAAAAUAUAUUCCCGGGUCCGAUAGAGAUCUCGCUGUUAUUAUUAAAAAUUGGUCCGUCAUAUUAAAUCAAUGGAGCGUACAACAGUUUUGGGAUUAUUAUUCUUCACCGGGUGUUCGGCCGUAUUUUAAUUUGUACGCAUUUACAAACUGUAAGUCGUCAUUUUAUUAUACACCGGCCGAGUCGUUGGAAAUCGCCGUCGAACUACUACACUUUCAGUUCGACGGCGAUCUCGAACGAAUACAUAAAUUUAUGUACGAUUUAUUCGAUGUGGUGGAAAAGAACGUUCCAAAACGUAAUACGCUUUCUGUACUAUCGCCCCCAAAUGCCGGUAAAAAUUUUUUCUUCGAUGCUGUAUGUUCGUAUUUUUUAAAUUACGGCAUUAUUUCAACGCUCAACAAACACUCGCCGUUCGGUUAUCAAGACAUGGACAACAG